AUGCGAGAGGUAAAAGUUGGUGAUACUGCCCUCAACUUAAAUAACAAUUCUUCCCCUUUAGAAGGAUACCAAGAGGUAAAACCCAAUGUUUACUCCAAUUUAUAUCCCGGUGAUAGUUCGCAGUAUAAGGAAUUUAAAAAAUCUUUGGAGGAAUUACAAAUCCAAGAUAGUAGUUUAAGUUUAGAGACUAUUGAUUCCCAGUUGCUCGGGCCAGGUUUCCGUUGCGGUUUUUUAGGAAUAUUACACCGAGAAAUUAUUUGCGAAAGAUUGGAAAAAGAAUUUAAUUGUGAAAUUAUUACUACUCCCCCCAGCAUUAACUACCAAGUGAUUUUUGCUAAUGGCGAGAUAAUAGAAACUAACAACCCACAAAAAAUCCCCACUAAGGACAAGGUAAAAAAUAUUGAAGAAUUGUUCAUUUCUCUGAAUAUUACUACUUCCGAGGAACAUUUAGGAGCAAUUUCACAAUUAUGUCAAAAUAAACGGGGUAUUUAUCAGUCGCAAGAUUGA